AUGAAUGCAUUCAAACAGAUGGAUAAAUCAGCAAAUCCAGCCGGGGCUAAGGGAGCACCAAAGAUGACACGUAGUCCAAGUGCUAUAAAACAGAUGCUGUUGGAAUGGACUAAAGCCAUGACUAGUGAAUAUGAGAACGUUGAGGUUACCAAUUUCUCUAGUUCCUGGAACAAUGGAAUGGCUUUUUGUGCUUUGAUUCAUCAUUUCUAUCCUGACUCCUUUGAUUUCUCCAAGCUGGAUCCCAAACAACGCCGUGCUAAUUUUAAUCUAGCUUUUGACAAGGCUGAAGAGUUGGCUGAUAUUGCUCCGUUAUUGGACGUCGAAGAUAUGGUGAAGAUGAAAAAUCCUGAUUGGAAAUGUGUCUUUACGUAUGUUCAGAGUUUUUACCGAAAACUUCGAGAUCAUGAACGCAACAAAGCAGCUCCAGCCAAACUCCCUCCUACUGCAGAACAAUGA